GGCACACACGCCCAGCUUCAGCACCAGCUCCUCAUCCUCCUCCUUUUCUCCGUGGGGCUCCUUCCCGUUUGUGCGCACCAUCCUCCAUGAGAGGGACCAGGCCUACGCUAUCCGGACCGCUGGACCCGGUUCUCCUGGCUCCUCCUCGUGGUCCGGUAUGUCUUUGAGGCCGCUCCCCCUGUCACCAUGCCCGCCGCUGAACGCUACCUGCCCCCGCCGCCGCUGUUCCUGCUGCUGCACCUCCUCCUGCUGCUCCUGAUCUGCUGCCUGGAUGGGCCGGUGGGAGCGGAGGAGGGCGGCGGCCUGCCCCCCUCCUCCUCCUCUUCGCCCGGAGACAAUAGCCUCAAUGUGGACCCGUCCAGCACCGACCCGACCGGUCCGGGAGGGGUUCUGAGCCCAUCAGGUGUCACGGCAGGUAAACAAACAGAGGGUUCGGGUCUUUCCUUGUCUCCUUAUCUCCUUAUUUCCUUGUCUACUUACCCCUUUAUGAAAAUAUAACAUUUGAAGGAUAUUCUGCGGACUGCACCUUUAACCAGAGGUGAGUCCUGACCUGUUUGUAUGGAAGUCAAACUAUGCCAUCUGAUUUUGAAUUUUUUUAAAGCUGAUUUAUUUAUUUUUUUGCUUCAAAACCAGACUUUGAAUUUCUAAACCAUCAAAUUUUAAGCACACAUUUUUAUUAUAUUUGUUUAUUUAUUUAAUUAUUUUAUUUUUAUUAUAUUAAAUAUUUUUUAUAAAAUUUUUAAUUACAUUUAUUUAUUAUUAUAUUUUAAUACUUUCAUUUUAUUUGUCAAAAGAUUUGUUUAGUAAAAAUUUAACUUAAAAGUGUAAAAAAAAAUUCAACACAUAAAAAAUUUCAGUGUCAAAUAAUUUUGUGUAAAACAGACCGACUCAACAUCCAGGUUAUCAGGGAGAAGCAAUCGAUUUGUGGAAGUCAAACUGUGCCAUCUGAUUUUAAAUUUCUAAAGCUAAAUGUUUUUUGCAUCAAAAUCAGACUUUGAAUUUCAAAACUAUAAGAUUUCAGGCAUGCAUUUUUAUUUCUGAGACUUUUUUUUCAGAACGAUGAAGUAAAUUCAGUGUAAAAAAUUCAGUCUCUCAAAAGAUUUGUUUAGUAAAAAUCCACCUUAAAAAAAACUGUAAAUAAAAAAAUUCAAUGUAAAAAAAUUCAACAUAAAUUUUUUAUUUAUUUAUUAUUUUUAUUUAAAGGAAUCGAUUGCUUCGCCCUGAUUUUGUCAGCCCACUGAUGAAGUUGAAUUUUUACUAUACAGAUCUUUUGAGAGACUGAUUUUUUUUUUUUUUUACACUGAAUUUUAAAUUUAGAAUCAGAUGGCACAGCUUGACUUCCAUACCUGUUGGCCAGUUAGUUUAGUUGAAUUGCUGCGUCAGUUUUUUUAUUUGAAUCUAUAAUCCGGUAAAUCCAGUCUGAUGAUACGAUUUUCUCCUGAUUGGAUUCUUCUACGAUUUUUUUGGACGCCGAUUCGAUUUAAUUUACGAUUCUACGAUAUUUUUCGGUAUUUUAGCUUUUUUACCAGCAGUGAAUCAGUUGGAUGAUUUUAUUGAUGGUCUAUUGAACAUUGAGAAGGACCUGCAGACUCUGGAGCAGGAUCAGGAGGUGUGAGGUGACGGUUUUUUGGAGGAUUACAGGUGUUAUCUCCUGACCUGAGCAGGUAUUCAUGUAGAGCGCACUAAUCCUGCUGAUGAAGCAGCUGAAGGCCUCUGGACGCCGACUUUACUCUGUAAUCACCAAAACAAACGGCGACGACGGGUCGGUCUUUCUGACCCACAGAUAAGAGGAGGGAGAGAGAGAGAGAGAGAGGAGGAUUAGAGCGAAGGCGGCGAGGGAGAAACUGGUGUGAUGUAUUUUUUAUUCUGCCGCCUCAUCACUUUUUCAUGGUGACAGAAAGGUUAGCGAGGACUCGAGGAGGAUCCACCGAGCAAACGCACUAAAAACAAGAUAAAAAAGCUAAAUCUAAGGGAACAGGGACUAAAAACAAAAUAAAAACAAGAUAAAAACAAGAUAAAAAAGCUAAAUCUGAGGGAAAAGGGACUAAAAACAAGAUAAAAACAAGAUAAAAACAAGAUAAAAAAGCUAAAUCUGAGGGAAAAGGUUCUAAAAACAAGAUAAAAACAAGAUAAAAAAGCUAAAUCUAAGGGAACAGGGACUAAAAACAAAAUAAAAACAAGAUAAAAACAAGAUAAAAAAGCUAAAUCUGAGGGAAAAGGGAGUAAAAACAAGAUAAUAACAAGAUUAAAACACUUAAUCUGAGAGAAAAGGAAGGAUCCAUCGAGUAAACACACACACACGACAAAAAAAAAAACUUAGAUUUGGAAGUGUUGAAUAAUUUAUCUUGUUUUUAGUCCCUUUUCCUUCAGCUUGAGUGUUUUUAUCUUGUUUUUAUCUUGAUUUUAGAACAUUUUCCUUCAGAUUCAGUGUUUUUAUCUUGUUUUUAGACCCCCUCCUCUCAGAUAAAGCGUUGUUAUCUUGUUGUUAUCUUGUUGUUAUCUUGUUGUUAUCUUGUUUUUAGACCCCUCUUUUUUGCAGGGUAGACCCAGGUCCAGGAUGUCUCAGGAGGAUCCACCUGUUUGUAGGUUUUCUGUGAUUCUUCUUCAGAGUCUCACCGAGUCUUUUCUUCCUCUCCAGAGUCUCCGUUUGUCCUGAAGGUUCUGGUUCGGGACAUGGUGACCCGUCAGCGUCUGCAGGGCGCCUCGGUGGACGUCUACGUGAACCACACCUUAAAGAGCUCGGCCCAAACGGGAGAGAGGGGCGAGGUUCUGCUCUGGGUGGACUUCAGUCCAGCUCUCAGUCUGACUCUGCUGGGAAACAUGGAGGGAUACGUACCCACCCCGCUGCCCUGGACCACCAACAAGAGACCCCGUGAGUACCGCUGCCGCCGCCGCCUCCGCCGCCCCAAAGGACCACUACAGUCAGAUCUGUAUUUGGAAGAUUAAAGUCAGACAAACAUGCUGGUUUAAGAUCAGAUGAUUAAAAAGUCACUUUUCCAGCCCUAAAAUCAGUGAAAUCGACUAAAUCUAAUCAAUGACAUAUUUAUUUUUCUUCCUUUGAUCAAAUGAAGCUGAAGAUUAGUUCAACCAAAAAUAGAAAUGUAGAGAAAAAAUACCCAGUACCUUUUUUUCUCUUGGUAAGUGUGAUGCGGCGCUCUGACUCUGACAUGGCGGUCUCCUGAAACGCUCUGAUCCAUCUUUUAUUGAUCGUCUCCGCAGCUGCUCCUACACACACACACACACACACACACACACAGCUAACCGUCUUUGUCCUCCAUACACUCAGACGGGUGGGGGGGGUGAGUCCAGUCUGUGUUUGCAGCGAGGGGGCGGGGCUAUAAGGCACACAUGGAGAGCAGGUGCUCUGAGGGAUCAGAGAGGCGCCUCCUUUUGUGCUGCUGAGGCAGACAGCUGAACCUCAGAGGGAGGAGUGAGGUCGUACUGCCCCCUUCUGGAGGAAACAGAGAACUACAGACACAGGGCUCAACAGUACAACUGUUUCACUCACAUUUGGGACUAAAAAUAGAUGUGUGUCUCCUCCUCCUCCUCCUCCUCCUCCUCCUGCAGUUUUCUCGGCCGUCACCCUGCUGCUCCUCCCUCACACUCAGGGGAACAUCUGGCUGUUUGAAGACUCGGUCAUCAUCACAGGAAAGUUACCUGGUGAGUUCACGCACACUCUUCAGUUCACCUGUUUUAGCGGUGAGGUUACUACAGGUCAUCCUUCAGCUCCGGUUCUACGGUGGAGGACAGGGGACAAAAAUGUUCAAGAGUCAUAAAGUUCCUGUUUCUUCAUUAGUGCAGAUUAAAGACAGAGCUGAAGGACACCGUAGACCACCUUAGUCUGGACUCUGUGAACAAUAAUCAGAAUGAGACAAGUGCUUUUAAAGGAUGAAACAUCCUAACCUGAAAAAACUCAAACUAAAGGUUUCUCAGCUUUUUUUUUAUAGUAUCAGAUGUCCUUAGUGCAGACAAGGCAAUCGUAAAAACAACAAAUAAAACAUUUUUAAAAUGAAAAUAAAAAAAUAAACUCUUUUUGCACCUGACUAAAUCCUGGAUCUUGUUUUCACAGACAGCUCCUCUCAACCCAAAGUGAAGUUCCCUAAAAACCUCCUCAACAUGUCUGAGAAGACCAACAUCUCCUCACUGACGGCGUACCUGACCGUACCGCAGCACCACCUGGCGACAGACUGUGCCAACUGCACCCCGGGCAUCAUCAGCAGCAAAUCAGGCCAGUCUUCUUCUUCAGUCUCCUUCUUCAGUCUCCUUCUUCUUUAGUCUUCUUCUUCAGUCUCCUUCUUCAGUCUCCUUCUUCAGUCUCCUUCUUCAGUCUCCUUCUUCAGUCUCCUUCUUCUUCAGUCUUCUUCUUCAGUCUCCUUCUUCUUUAGUCUUCUUCUUCAGUCUCCUUCUUCAGUCUCCUUCUCCUUCAGUCUCCUUCUUCUUCAGUCUCCUUCUUCAGUCUCCUUCUCCUUCAGUCUCCUUCUUCUUCAGUCUCCUUCUUCAGUCUUCUUCUUCAGUCUUCUUCAGUCUCCUUCUCCUUCAGUCUCCUUCUCCUUCAGUCUCCUUCUUCUUCAGUCUCCUUCUUCAGUCUCCUUCUUCAGUCUUGUUCUUCAGUCUUCUUCAGUCUUGUUCUUCAGUCUUCUCCUUCAGUCUUCUUCUUCAGUCUCCUUCUUCUUCAGUCUUCUUCAGUCUUCUUCAGUCUCCUUCUUCUUCAGUCUUCUUCAGUCUUCUUCUUCAGUCUCCUUCUUCAGUCUCCUUCUUCAGUCUUCUUCUUCAGUCUUCUUCAGUCUCCUUCUUCAGUCUUCUUCUUCAGUCUCCUUCUUCAGUCUUCUUCUUUAGUCUCCUUCUUUAGUCUCCUUCUUCAGUCUCCUUCUUCUUCAGUCUUCUUCAGUCUCCUUCUUCAGUCUUCUUCUUCAGUCUCCUUCUUCAGUCUCCUUCUUCAGUCUUCUUCUUCAGUCUUCUUCAGUCUCCUUCUUCAGUCUCCUUCUUCUUCAGUCUCCUUCUUCAGUCUCCUUCUUCUUCAGUCUUCUUCUUCAGUCUCCUUCUCCUUCAGUCUCCUUCUUCUUCAGUCUCCUUCUUCAGUCUCCUUCUCCUUCAGUCUCCUUCUCCUUCAGUCUCCUUCUUCUUCAGUCUCCUUCUUCAGUCUCCUUCUUCUUCAGUCUCCUUCUUCAGUCUCCUUCUUCAGUCUUCUUCAGUCUUGUUCUUCAGUCUUCUCCUUCAGUCUCCUUCUUCUUCAGUCUCCUUCUUCAGUCUUCUUCUUCAGUCUUCUUCUUCUUCUUCAGUCUUCUUCUUCAGUCUCCUUCUUCAGUCUUCUUCUUCAGUCUUCUUCUUCAGUCUCCUUCAGUCUUCUUCAGUCUCCUUCAGUCUCCUUCAGUCUCCUUCUUCUUCAGUCUCCUUCUUCUUCUCCACCUUUAUGACGGUUGAUAACCCUCCCUCAGGUGUUAGAAAACUAACGUCUCACUUCCUCCUUUCUGCAGCGCUCACAAGCAUCGAGCUGAAGGCCGUGGCGGCCGUCAACGUCCUGCUGUACUCUGAGGGGGAGGAGCUGCAGGUUCGAGGGCCCAUCCAGAUCAGCCUGCCCCUCAGACGCAGAGCUCACCUCAGGGCGGCGGACACCGUACCGGCGUGGGCCUUCAACCAGAAGACAGGUGAGGGGAUCAGUUCACCGUCAGAGCCUGGACUUUAAAACCAGCUCAGCUGAUCUUCUUUCCUCUCCGUUCCAGGAGCCUGGGAGAAUCAGGGUCUGGGGAUCCUGAAAACAGUCGGAGAUGAGCUGGUUUGGACCUACACCGCCUCUCAUCUGGGUCACUGGAUCGCCGCCCCACUGCCCUCCCUGAAUGGUACCAGAAUCCUGCUCCUGUGUCGACUCAUAACUCUCUGAUCCCCUCUGUGGUGAUAAUCUGUGCGUCUUUACCUGUGACCUGCAGAUUACCUGGGACAGGUGAGCCCUCUGGAUUUCAUCUCUUACCACACGUACCUGUUGGUGGGGAUCCUGGGAGGGACUCUGGCCACGGUGGUCGGGUUUCUGUCUCUGCUGCUGUGUCACUGCAGGUGAGGGUUUCACUCUCCAAUGAUUAUUGAACUUAUUUAUUCGGUUUAUGAUCGAUUUUUUGUUAAUAUGAUUUAAUUUUACUGUAGACUGACUGAUAUUAUUGAGUAGAGUAGUUAGCGCCUAAACCCACUCAUGUUUGUUUCGCACGAUUAAAUUUAGCUUUUUUAUUUGAUCUUUAAUUUUGACUUUGAUUAUUGUUGUUUUGAAAAUUCUCACUGGUUUGUUUGUUUUCAGUUUAGUUUGGGUGUUACACGCAGGUGUUCGAAAAUACGACGGAGUAUCAGGGCCACAUUAAGAAAAAACAUGAAGACGUUGUAAUUACGUACGAGAAUAAAGUCGUAGUAAAAUCGUUAGAAGUAAAGAAGUAAUUACAAAGUCUUGAUGUGUCCCUUUUACUCCGUCGUACCUUCACUGACUAACUACUAAAACCACCAGCAGGAAACCAAAUCUCGCUCUCCUCUGGUCUCCGAACCUUCGUCCAUCUUGAUCCGAUUCUGUUUCUUCCACGUCUAGAAGUUCUCACCGUGAUCCCAGGAGGAGGAGGAGGAGGAGGCAGGCCCGGUUCUCCAAACUCACGGUGGUGAAAAAAGACCAAACCACCUCCACCCACAUGGAGGAGGGUUUGCUGUUCCGCUCCGGUGAGAACAGCCUCGCCUCCUGCAGCGUCCAGUGCGAACCCUCGUCCACGCCGAGGCACAAAGCCAACUUCAACAUCUACGUGGAGGAUCCUGGGAGUCGUCCGGCGGCUCCUUUUUACGAAAACAUCGCUCUGGAUCGGAUCAAAGGGUCCCAGCAGUCCUCGCACUACAUCAACAACGAGGAGGUGGCGCGAAUACGAGAGAAAUCGGAGCAGAACCGCAACAUCAACGCCGACAACUUCUUCCCGGAUAAGCUGGUCCAUCUCUACAACCAGCCGGUGGCCAUCAUCCAGGCGCCGGAGCUCCUCAAUAACCAGGAGCAGCAGCUGUCCGGCUGCAAGUCCGCCACCUUCCCCCGAAAUGGCGCCGAGUACGACGCAGAGCCGGCCAGCAAAGACAGCUACACCCAGACGCUGCCCAAAGUCCCCCACCAUCACGCCCAAGGAGGAACCAGCGCCCAGCAGAGCAGCCAAGAUGAACCCCAACCUUUGGAGACGCCGCCUCAGGGCCAAGGUCCAAACGCCACCGGGUGGGGACGCUACAAUAACCUCCUGGAAUCCUCCGUCUCCGUGCCCGGGACUCUCAACGAGGCGGCCGGUAUGGAGGGCUUUAACAGCGGACAUGGCGUCCCGAGCGAGCUGCAGGGGAUCUCAGAGCGAACGCUGCUGGAGCUGACCCGUGGGAAGCCGCUGUCGUCUCAUCCCAGAGCGUGGUUCGUCUCCUUGGACGGGAAACCGGCCGCGCAAGUUCGCCACUCCAUCAUCGAGCUCCAGAGUCGCCACCGCCCGCCGAGCAGCAACGACACCAGCCUGGACUCUGGCGUGGACAUGAACGAGCCUCAGCAGAGUCUCCGUGAGACGGAGCGAGACAGACCUUCAAUAAGAGCCUCGUCCUCGCCGCACCACGGCCGCGGGCGCUACGUGGAGGAGCAGGACCUGAGCAGCAGCGAGAGCGGCACGACGGCCACGUGCACGCCAGAGGACCCCUCCCUCAGGAACAUUUUAGACGGGAGCAGCGGCGCCAUCCCCAACAUCCCCGAAGAGCGGGACGGGAUGGACACGUCCAGCACUCAGGAGGACAGCGAGUCGAGAGGAACGCCACCGCCACGGCGCCUCAGGAAGGUCAGGGAGAAGGGGAAGAUGGAGAAGAGGAGCGCCAAGCAUGUCCGUGAGGGGCGACCUCUGACCAAGAGGAGCUAGAGCUCGGCUCUGACACGAAAGUUCACUCUUCAGCACUUAUUUAACGUCCAGCCCAAAGUGACCACGUCCGUACAGACGCCAUCUUCCUGUGGCGCCACAAACGAAUCCUAUCACAGCGCUGUGUUUGAUGAAAGUUAACUCUAUCUUAGAUUCUCUGCUUAAUCAGGACAUGAAGAUCUACAUUUCUACAUCUACAGCAGCAGAGUCACCUGGGAUUUCCACCGCAUCCGGAACGGCACCGAUCCAGAAACGGCGGCGAUUUGUGAGGCGAAUUUCAUGGCGGAUUACAGACAGCGGUAAUCGCGAGAACUCACAAGAACCCGCAGAUUCACGUUCAAUCCUGCGAUAACGAGUUGUCUCUCUAAAGACAGACACAUAGACAUAUAAGCAGUAGAUUGUGUCCUUCCAGAGGAGGAAAUCUACUUCUAGACUUCUAGAAUCAGCAUCUCCUCAUCCAUGGUGUCAUCGGGGUGAAAUGACGUCUAAAAACCUUUCACUUGUUCGUCUCCGCCCGUUUGCAUGGUGUGAAAUACGAUCCUCCUGAAACACGGAGUGUUUUAUUUUGAAAAGAAGCCGGAUGUUUUAUUUUGAAGUCUGUGCCCGACUUCCUUUCCAGCACGGGUUAAUCUGUGCUGAAUUUAUCCGCCAUGCUCCGGCGUCCGACGGAAAGAAGUCGGUGUAAAUUGACACGUUAACUUGAAUGUUUACGAUCAGCUACGAUCGGAGGAUACAAACUUUUAGUAGACGUUCCGGAUGUGGUGGAAACUCGGGGUAGAAAACUCUGUGCGCCGUGUUUGUUCGUUACCUGAAAUCAGAAGAUCACCAGCGAGAUCCUUCACAGCAAAACGUCCGCGUGAAUACGAUAUCCCACAAUCCACGAGGACGUUACAGAGGGUGCCUUCUCUCCUCCUCGCGGACACGGUUCAGUGUGGUUUUUAGGAAGGGCGCGGCGUCUGUGGAAACUUUAGAAAGUCUGGUGAGCUGUGAGGAUGGACACAGAUACAGGUCUACGUUAGUGCACUUAACCUCACCAAAAUGCCUGCUGGUCUGGACUGAACCGCCUCCUUCCACUGAAAAUGGACGAAAUGCUCCUUUAAACAGAUAACUGAGAGGUGAGCUGCCCGUCAUCUCACAGCGUGGACGUUGUAGAGCUGAGGUCAGAUCUUCAGAACGCUUCAAGGACUCCAGGACUGAACGGUUUUCAUGUUUGCGUUCCUUCAGGAUCUCAAUCAUCAGGACUUUGACUGAAGGUUUUACUGCUGUUGUCUUCGUUUUGGUCACACACAGACUUCGCUAUGGAAGUCAAUCUGUGCCAUCUGGUUUUGAAUUUAAAUUUUUUUAAGCUGAAUUUUUUUUGCAUCAAAAUCAGACUUUGAAUUUUGAAACUAUUGUAUUUCAAGCACGCAUUUUUAUUUCUGACACGUAUUUUUUUUCACAAUGAUGAAAAAAAUUCAGUUAAAAAAAAUUGGUCUUUCAAAAUAUUUGUUUAGUAAAAAUUCAACUUAAAAAAACUGUGUAAAUUAAAAAAAAUCAAUUAAAAAAAAUUCUACAUAAAAAAAUGAAAUGAAUAAAAAAUGUUUUUUUUAUUUAUGUAGAAUUUUUUAAAUGUUAAAUUUCUUGACAUAUUUUUUUACAGUUAUAGUUGAAUUUUUACUAAACAUAUCUUUUGAGAGACAGAUUUUUUUUUUUACACUGAAUUUAUUUCAUCAUUGUGAAAAAAAUAAGUGUCAGAAAUAAAAACACAAUAGUUUCCAAAUUCAAAGGCUGAUUUUGAUGCAAAAAAAAAAUCAGCUUUAGAAAUUCUAAUUCAAAACCAGUUGGCACAGAUUGACCUCCGUAUGUUUCCACUCUCUCAGAAAGAGUCCCAGUCUGAUCAGAUGUCGACCCACAGCCUCUCACGUUCGUGUCUGUCCUCGACAGCGUUUGUCUGGAGUCAAAUGAAGCACUCUACACUUUAAAAUGUGCCCCCUCGGCUCAGCAGGAGCACAGCGCCCCCUCCUGGAUGUGUAAAUACCACAACACUGGAAAGUCUCACUGGUUAAAAAGCUUCACAAACCGCUGAGAUUGUUCUGUUAGCAAUAUUUACCACCGACGGUCCGAUGAAGAAGGAGCUUUGCUGCACUACUUUAAUCCCCAGUUUAGUCUUCCGUCUCCUCUGUGUUUUUUCCUGAGUUUGUAUGGUGGCUCUUCUCUGUAAAUAAGAAAAUCAACCUUUUCAAUGUGGUUUCAAAGAUUUUGUGCUGUUUUUUCCUCCAUCUUUACCGUCGGGCGGGUGCAUGGAUGACUGCGUUUCUGUGUCAUGUUGAGGGUUGAGGUGGUUUUUCAUGUAGCAGCAGUUUUCCUCGGUUUUCCUUCAGAUCAGACUCACUGAGGCUCCCACUUUAAAGUCUUUUAGCUGAAUGUAUUUGUCUUGAUUUGAAGGUGUUUUCUAGUGUCUGUUAUCUGCGCUCUGGCUUUCUUUCACUCUGUAGUAAUGGUAGUGUCUUCUCGUGACGCCUUUUUGUGCUCUAACUUAAUAAACUGACUUGAUGCUAACAUGCUGAGAGUCUGCCUCCUUUA